UCUCUACUUCAGUUACAAUUUACCCUUUGCAGAGGAGGUUUAGUGAAGAAAACACAAUUGGUCUGUUUAACAAUUAACAACCACAGAAGCUGAUCGUCGUAAACAUGGCGCGGGCCGAGGGAACCUGUGUGCCUGACCUGCAGAAGGAAAGGGCAAAAUGCACUUUCAACAAGGAAGAAAUUACGAACUUAAUGGACGGCGGCGAAGAGAAGACGCAGUUCAGAAGGAGGCUUGAGGACUUCUUUCUCUCGGACCCAGAGUUCCUCGACCCCAUUCCGCCCGAGUACUUGAGCCACGAGGAGCGCUACUCCAACGAGCUGAGGAAAGCCUGCUACAUGAUCCGCAAGUUUAACGAGGAUGAGAAGGUACAGCAGAUUGUCGGCGAGAUGGAGGGUAUAAGGACUCUGAUGGGCUCCGGUCUUGGUGUCGCACUCACAAAGGACGGGAAUCCAUUAGCCUUGCAUUACGUCAUGUUCAUGCCAGCGAUAUUGGGUCAGGGCACAGUGGAACAGCAGGGCAUAUGGCUCGGACGGGCCUGGACUGGAGAAAUCAUUGGUACAUAUGCCCAGACAGAAAUGGGUCAUGGAACCUUCCUCAGAGGCCUCGAGACGACAGCAACCUAUGACCCAUCAACGCAAGAAUUCAUUCUCCAUUCCCCGACCAUCACAUCGACCAAGUGGUGGCCUGGAGGAUUGGGAAAAACUGUCAACUAUGCGGUUGUGAUGGCUCAGCUGUACACCAAGGGGAAGUGCCACGGCGUUCACCCGUUCAUCGUCCAGCUCAGGGACGAGGAAACGCACGAGUCCCUUCCUGGUGUUACUGUUGGGGAGAUUGGACCGAGGCUUGGAAUGAACACAAACGAUAACGGCUUCUUGAGGUUCAACCAUUACCGCAUUCCUCGUACAAAUAUGCUGAUGAAGCACUCUCAGGUGUUAGAAGACGGCACAUACAUUAAACCAGCAAACGACAAGCUAGCCUAUGGGACUAUGGUGUUUGUGAGGGUCGCCAUCUGUUUCGACUCCCACAGGCAACUGCAACGGGCUGUGACCAUUGCCACUCGCUAUUCAGCUGUUCGUCACCAGUCAGAGUUGAAGCCAGGAGAGCCAGAACCUCAGAUUCUGGACUACCAGACCCAGCAGUACAAGCUAUUGCCGCAAAUAGCCACCAUCUUCGGUAUCCACUUCACAGCAAGACACGUAUGGGACACCUAUAAUGAGGUCACAGGAAACAUUCAUGAGGGAAACUUGGAUCUUCUGCCAGAGUUGCAUGCCAUAUCAUGUGGACUGAAGGCUCUGAGCUCGAGCGAUGCUUCUGCAGGCAUUGAGAUAUGCCGACUGGCCUGUGGCGGACAUGGAUACCUGUCAUCUUCCAACCUCCCUCGCAUCUAUACUACAACCACUGCUGCCAUCACCUACGAGGGAGAGAACACGGUCAUGUGGCUUCAGGUCGCAAGAUACAUCAUUAAAUCGUACCGUGAAGCACGUAAGGGGGAGAAGCUGUGCCAUUCCGUUUCGUACUUGGCAGCUCAGCCUGUGUCCACACACAUGUCUACCAGCCUUUCAAAUGAAGCCCUGGUUGAAGCGUACAAGAUAGCUGUGUCGGCCAUUGUCUCCGAGACUGCGAACCGCCUGCAGAAGUACUGUGAUCAGGGAGAACAGUUUGAACUUGCAUGGAAUAAGUGUUCUGUUCUGCUCGUGAAAUGUGCUCAGGCCCAUACUAGGUACUUCACAUGCGAGCAGUUUGUCGAGAAUGUUGAGAGCCUGGAGCUGAGCGAGGGCGUGCGGAAUGUUCUUCGUCGAUUGUGCCGUCUCUACCUCAUCUACCACAUCACUCUGAAUCAGGGAGACUUCCUUAGGAGUCAAGCCUUGUCACCUGAGAACAUCAGUGCACUGGAGGGAGAAAUGUGCGAGCUCCUGGCAGUUCUCAGAGAUGAUGCUGUAUCAUUAGUGGAUUCUUUCGAUAUCCAUGAUCGCAUUUUGGGCUCAACCCUUGGAUGUUGGGAUGGCAAUGUCUACAACAGGAUGUUCAAUGAGGCCCAAAUGAGCCCCAUGAAUCAAACUGACGUCCCCGAAGCAUACAGCAAAUACCUACGGCCAUUAAUGAAGGCUAACCUUUAAAGGAUCUGGGUAGUUGUGAGUUUAUAGUGGAGCAUGUUGAAAGCCUCUUUC